AUGGAGAAACAGAACUUCACCAUGAUGAGUAUGUUCAUUCUGAAAGGUGUCACAGAAAGUCCUGAGCUGCAGGGCCCUUUGUUUGGGAUGCUCCUCAUCAUUUACAUCAGCUCAGCAGUGGGCAACUUGGGCAUCAUCAUCCUCACCCAUGUGGACUCCAAGCUACAAAUCCCCAUGUACUUUUUUCUGAGACAUUUGGCUGUCACUGAUCUUGGUUAUUCUACAUCUGUGGGACCCAAAAUGCUAGUAAACUUUGUUGUGGAACUAAACACAAUACCCUUUUAUCUUUGUGCUGCACAGCUGACUUUCUUUCUUCUAUUCAUUACUUGUGAACUUUUUGUUCUUUCUGCCAUGUCCUAUGACCGCUAUGUGGCCAUCUGUAAGCCUCUGCUCUACACUGUCAUUAUGUCCCAAAGGGCAUGCUGGGUACUAGUGGCAGUCCCCUAUGUAUACAGCAUAUUCGUCUCUCUUGUAGUCACUAUAAAGAUUUUUACUUUAUCAUUUUGUGGCUACAACAUUAUCAACCAUUUCUUCUGUGACUGUAUCCCCUUGAUGUCCUUGCUUUGUUCAAAUACUCAUGAAGUUGAAUUGAUAAUUAGAUUUUUUGCAACAUUUGAUUUGAUUUCCUCUCUUUUGGUGGUCCUGGUGUCUUACUUGCUCAUCCUCAGAGCCAUUUUCAAGAUGAACUCUGCUGAGGGCAGGCACAAGGCCUUUUCCACCUGUGGUUCCCACCUGACAGUGGUCAUCAUCUUUUAUGGGACUUUGAUAUUCAUGUAUGUGCAGCCCAAGUCCAGUAAGUCUUUUGAUACUGACAAAGUGUCUUCCAUAUUUUACACCCUUAUUAUACCCAUGCUAAAUCCUUUGAUCUAUAGUCUAAGAAACAAAGAUGUAAAAGAUGCCCUUCAGCGGACUUGGAAAAAGAUAUACAACAUCUUUUCUUAA